AUGACCAUCUCUCAGGUCGUCCAGAGGGACCUAGCUCGUCCUCAAUAUGGGACGCAACAGGUCAACGCUUUAGUUGUGGUAGAAAAUGGGCGCGCAAGUUUGCGGGCGUUUAUCUCGAUCGCUGGCUAUGGUGAAGAACGGACACGAAUGCUACCGCUGCGAUGUACCCUCGCACACCACGGUAUCAUUCCGCGUUCCAUGCUAGCCUUUCCGCACCUCACCAACCUUAGCAAGGUCUCCCACUUGGACGCUGCCACGUUAUUCGCUGGAUACGUGUCCUUGUACGCGACCGUCCGCAAGGCCAACCUCUCAUCGUAUCUCGCGAUCCCCUGGACCGCGACUGCGACAGUCGCGAUGAAGUUCGACGACAAGGAGAAGACCAUCGCCAGCAACCCGUAG